AUGCAAUUUGUGAAAAGAUGUAAUUUUUUAUAUUGGAAUAAUGUUGAAUUUAGCCAAAAAACAUUUUUUUCCUCACAAAUUUUUAAUAAAUAUAGAGUACUGUUUUUUGGCACCGAUGAAUUUUCAGUAACAAGUUUGAGGUUACUUUUUAAAGAAUUAGAUAAUGGUUGUUUAAAACGUUUAGAAAUAGUAACAUCAAGUAGCAAACAUAAUAAAGGAAAUAAAGUUAUAGAAUUUGGAAAACAAAAUAAUUUGAAAAUACAUUCUUGGCCUGUAACUGUACCUUCACAUGAAGAAUUUGACCUAGGAAUUGUUGUAUCAUUUGGACAUUUAAUACCAAAACAUAUUAUUAAUUACUUUCCAUAUGGAAUGCUAAAUGUUCAUGCAAGUUUAUUACCAAGAUGGAGAGGAGCGGCACCAAUUAUUCAUGCUAUUUUAAAUGGAGAUAAAGAGACGGGUGUUACUAUUAUGCAGAUAAAACCUAAUCAUUUCGAUAUAGGCGAGGUAAUUCUACAAAAGUCAGUUCCAAUAGAGGCAAACAUUCUAAUGCCAGAUUUGAAAAAUACUCUGGCCAACGAAGGAGCUCAUUUAUUAAUUCAAUGUUUAAAGGACUUACCUAGAAAUUUAUCAAAUGCAAAAUCACAGUCAAAUGAUGAUGUUACAUAUGCUCCAAAAGUGAAUCCAUCACUAGCCAACAUUAAUUGGAAUAAUCAAACUGCUGAACAGAUUUAUAACUUGCAUAGAGCUGUGUAUAACUUAUAUGCUCUAACAACUAACUGGCAAGGAGUAAGCAUAAAAUUAUUUGGUUGCAACAUUUGCAAUCAUACAGAUUUUGUAAUUAAAAAUAUUCAAAAAUCUGGUAAUGACAAAUCCAGCAUUGUUCCAUCUCCAGGCUAUGUUACUUACAAUAAAUCUGACAAAAUGUUAUAUGUUAUGUGCAAAGACUCUAGUUAUGUAACUUUUGACUCUGUAAGAUUGUUAAACAAGAAAACAAUAACAGCUCAGGACUUUAAUAAUGGAUUUAUGAAAAAAAUUGAUGUAGAAAUGAGAUAUUUCAUAUGA